AUGCCUAUUCCAAAUGACACUGUAUUUAUGCCUUCUAUAUUAACAUUUGUAGGAAUACCUGGUCUAGAACCAGUGCAGUGUUGGAUUGGGAUUCCAUUCUGUGCUAUGUAUAUUAUUGCUUUGAUUGGAAAUACUCUACUUGUGAUCAUCAUCAAAUCUGAACGCACCCUCCACGAGCCCAUGUACAUCUUCUUGGCCAUGCUAGGUGCCACAGACAUUGCACUGAGCACCAGCUUUGUACCCAAGAUGCUUGGAAUUUUUUGGUUUCAUUUGCCAGAUAUCUAUUUUGAUGCAUGUCUCCUUCAGAUGUGGCUCAUCCACACAUUUCAGGGCAUUGAAUCAGGUGUCUUGCUGGCCAUGGCUCUGGACCGCUAUGUGGCUAUCUGUCAUCCCCUUAGACAUGCUACCAUAUUCACUCCUCAAGUAGUGACUCAUAUUGGAAUUGGGAUGACAUUGCGGCCUGCCAUCCUCGUAAUCCCGUGCCUUCUGCUCAUAAAGUUUCGCCUGAAGCUAUACCGAACCAAAAUAAUAUCCCAUAGUUACUGUGAACAUAUGGCUGUUGUGAAGCUUGCCACUGAAGAUAUUUUUAUCAAUAAGUUCUAUGGUCUCUUUGGUGCUUUCAUUGUUGGUGGGUUUGACUUCCUUUCAAUCACCCUUUCCUAUAUCCAGAUACUUAUCACGGUUGCUCACCUGCCCCAAAAAAAGGCUCGUCUUAAGGCAUUCAAUACAUGUGUUCCCCACAUGUGUGUCUUCUUCCAAUUCUAUCUCCUUGCUUUCUUCUCUUUUUUCACUCACAGAUCUGGAGCUCAUAUCCCAUCACACAUACAUAUUACUUUGUCCGUCCUUUAUCUACUAGUUCCACCUUUCUUCAACCCUUUUGUCUAUGGGGUGAAGACCAAGCAGAUUAGAGAGCAGGUAACAAAAAUGUUCUCUUUCAAAGACCAGGUUUGA